GAAAACAAUGAUGAUAUGGUGCAAGAGGCGUUACUUGAAAGGGCGGCCUUAUUAGAGGAGGAUAAUAAUGAUGAAAAAGAUGAGUUUUCAAAAGGAGGGAUUUGGAGUGGGCUUACGUUUAUGUGGCUUAAUCCUUUGUUUAAGAAAGGGUAUGCUGAGAAGCUUAGAGUGGAAGAUAUAAGUAAUGUUCCCAGAUUAGAUGCUGCUCAUCAAGCUUCUUUUGUGUUGGAACAAGCUCUUACUCUCAUGCCUAAUUCCCUGCAAUCUGCCAUUCUCUAUUCCGUCUGGAGGCCUCUUGCAAUAAAUGCUAUUUUUGCUGGAACCAACACGAUAGCUUCCUAUAUCGGCCCUUUGCUAAUCACAAGCUUUGUGAAGUUCUUGUCAGAAAAGCAUGACAAUUCAAACUGGCAAAAGGGAUUGCUUCUCUCAUUCAUCUUCUUCAUUGCAAAGAUGGUGGAAUCCCUUGCCCAAAGGCAAUGGUAUUUUGGGGCUCACCGCAUUGGGAUUAGAGUGAGAGCAGCUCUCAUGGCUUUGACCUACAAGAAGUCUUUGACAGUUAAGCAUGGCAGUGUGAGCACAGGGAAAGUCAUUAAUUUCCUCAAUGUUGAUGUGGAGAGGAUUGGGGACUUCUUCAUGUUCAUCCAUUGGAUUUGGUUACUUCCCUUUCAGGUCAUUUUUGCAUUGCUCAUCUUGUACAUGAACUUGGGUGCUGCUCCUUCCGCGGCUGCUUUUGUUGCGACGAUCGUUGUGAUGUUGAGCAAUAUCCCGUUUGCCAGUAUGCAGAAGAAGCUUCAGACGAAGAUCAUGGAAGCCAAGGACUCGAGGAUUAAGGCCACAUCUGAAAUCUUAAAGAACAUGAAAAUCUUGAAGUUACAUUCGUGGGAAACUGCGUUUUUUAACAAGCUCCUUACACUGAGAGAAACCGAGAAGGGCUGGCUAAGAAGAUACCUUUAUACAUGUUCCGCUGUGGCUUUCCUCUUUUGGGCUUCCCCGACUUUAGUUUCAGUCGUGACCUUUGGCGUUUGUGUUGUGACAAACACGCCAUUAACAGCGGGCACGGUUCUUUCAGCUCUAGCAACUUUCCGGAUUUUACAAGAGCCCAUAUAUAAUCUCCCAGAGCUCAUCUCCACAGUGGUGCAAACAAAGGUUUCAGUUAGACGGAUGCAAGAGUUCAUUGGAGAGGAAGACCAACAGAAGCUAACCAGCUAUCACGCUUCUGACACAUCUGAAGUCGCACUUGAAAUUGAGCCUGGAGAAUAUGCUUGGGAGUAUGAUGAUUCCAAGAAAUCAACAAUUAAGAUAAAUCAUAAAAUAACAAUCAAAAAAGGAAGCAAGGUCGCAAUAUGUGGUUCGGUUGGUUCUGGCAAAUCAAGCUUACUGUGCAGCAUCAUGGGAGAGAUUCCAAAGGUUUCUGGAUCAAGUAUCAAAUCAUAUGGCUCCAAAGCACUAGUUGCACAAACUGCAUGGAUUCAAACAGGAACUAUAAGAGAUAAUGUGUUGUUUGGCAGGGAAAUGGAUAAAACAUAUUAUGAUGAUGUUGUGGAAUGUUGUGCUUUAACAUAUGAUUUUGGUAUGUGGGCUGAUGGGGAUCUUACUCUAGUGGGAGAAAGAGGAAUAAACUUAAGUGGGGGACAGAAGCAAAGAGUUCAGCUGGCAAGGGCAAUGUACAGUGACUCAGACAUCUAUUUACUAGACGAUCCUUUCAGUGCUGUUGAUGCAAAAACCGGCGCUCAUAUCUUCAAGAAAUGUCUCAUGGAGAGCUUAUGCAGCAAAACUGUUAUUUAUGCCACCCAUCAGUUGGAAUUUUUAGAUGCUUCAGACCUGAUCUUGGUAAUGAAAGACGGCAUGACUGUUCAAUCAGGAAAAUAUGAAAAUUUAAUUGUAGACUCAACUAGUGAGCUGCAUAGACAUAUGGUUGCCCACACAAGAUCUCUAAAUCAAGUGGACCGUUCCCAAGAUUCUUCUUCAAAACAAGAUAACACUACGAAUGAUGUAAUUGAAGAAAAAGAAAAGUUUGAUGUUCUCACCGGCAGUGAUCAGCUGUUUGAGAGAAAUCAGGAAGAGACAGAAACUGGAAGAGUUAAAUGGAAAGUAUACUCCAUAUUUCUCACUGCUGCAUAUAAAGGAUAUCUUGUUGCCCCUGUCCUUCUGUGCCACAUCCUCUUCCAAGGGCUGCAAAUUGCAAGCAAUUACUGGAUUACAUGGGGAACAGAGACAGAAGGCAGGAUGUCCAGAGCGAAAUUGCUCAGGAUAUUUGUCUUGUUAUCUGGGGGAAGCUCCAUCUUUAUCUUGGGAAGGGCAGUUUUGCUUUCGACCAUUGCAAUUGAGACUGCUCAGCAGCUCUUUGUUCAGAUGGCCAAAUCAGUCUUUCGAGCACCUUUGUCAUUCUUUGACUCCACACCUUCAAGCAGAAUUCUCAAUCGUUCCUCCACAGAUCAAAGCACGGUGGAUACAGAUAUUCCAUAUAGAUUGGCAGGGCUAGUAUUUGCACUUAUUCAAUUACUAAGUAUCAUAGUUCUUAUGUCCCAGGCUGCCUGGCCAGUCUUUUUCAUCUUCCUCAUCAUAAUUGCCAUCUCCAUAUGGUAUCAGGCAUAUUACAUUACCACUGCUAGAGAACUUGCUAGGAUGGUUGGCACUCAGAAAGCUCCAGUUCAACAUCACUUCUCAGAAUCAAUCAGUGGGGUAGUAACAAUUCGCUGCUUCAAUCAGGAAGACAGAUUGUUGAAGAAGAAUCUGAGCCUCAUUGAUUGCUACUCUCGUGUUGCAUUUUACAACUCUGCCACAAUGGAAUGGCUCAGUGUCCGAAUAAACUUUCUCUUCAACCUUGGUUUUUUAUUUCUUCUUAUCAUACUGGUGAACCUUCCCAGAUCAGCCAUUGAUCCCAGCUUAGCAGGAUUAGCAACUACAUAUGCUUUAAAUUUAAAUGUUCUCCAAGCUUGGGUGAUAUGGAACCUCUGUAAUGUUGAAAACAAGAUGAUUUCUGUUGAGAGAAUUCUUCAGUUCACCAAUAUACCAAGUGAACCACCACUGAUAAUUGAAAACAGCAGGCCAAAAUCCUUCUGGCCACAUAAUGGAAGAAUUGAAAUUCUAAAUUUAAGUGUGCAGUAUAGACCUGAUCUCCCUCGAGUUCUAAAAGGAAUCACCUGCACUUUUCCUGAGGGAAAGAAAAUUGGUGUUGUGGGAAGAACAGGAAGCGGGAAGUCUACGCUGAUCCACACUCUCUUCAGGGUAGUAGAACCAGCAGAGGGAUGCCUUCUGAUAGAUGACGUAGAUAUUUCAAAGAUAGGUUUGCAAGAUCUGAGGUCUAGGUUGAGUAUAAUACCUCAAGAUCCAACUAUGUUCCAGGGAACUGUGAGGACAAACCUUGAUCCCCUAGAGCAGCACUCUGACAAGGAUAUUUGGGAGGUUUUGCACAAGUGUAAUCUUGCUGAGAUACUACAGCAGGACCAGAGGUUCCUCGAUGCACCAGUUGCGGAAGAUGGAGAAAAUUGGAGUGUAGGACAAAGGCAACUUGUGUGCUUAGCUAGGGUGUUACUACAAAAGAGGAGAAUAUUAGUACUUGAUGAGGCUACUGCUUCAGUCGAUACAGCAACAGACAAUCAGAUUCAGAAGACAAUAAGAGAAGAAACAAGCGGAUGCACAGUCAUAACAGUGGCACAUCGAAUACCCACAGUUAUUGACAAUGACCUGGUUCUAGUCCUUGGUGAUGGGAAGGUUGUUGAAUAUGAUUCUCCUGCCAAACUGCUGAAAGAUAAAUCUUCCGAGUUUUCUAAUUUGGUAAUGGAAUUCCUGCAAAGAUCCAACAAGGCUAGCUGCUCUUUAGAUCAAGCUUGAAGAAGACAGACAAGAAACAUGUUCAAUCUGCUAGCCUUUGGUCUGAUGAUGAUGUACAAAAUGAGGACAAUAGGAUGCCGUCUCAAAAUGACAACCUCACCUUGCAGAGCUCUAGAACUGAUAAAACACGAUGGCUUCUCAAAAGAUUUUUACUUUUCCAUUUUCUAUGUUUUUCUUUUUUCUAUUAUGCUAGAUUUUUCAGUUUUGAAA